CACACACGUUGACAAUUCCCUCAAUCUGCAACCCUCGCCAAUACACUCGUGCACACAGACGCACAAGCAAGCAAACAGACAAGCAAGUCUCUUGGCGCCGAGUGGGCCUGCUAGUGGCCCUUUGCUCCUGAACUGCCCACCUCCGAACACACACACGAACAAACACAAGAACGCACACACGCCAACAAGUGAUGGCAAUCACCUCCAUCUCCCUUUCCAACACGACGUAUGCGCAGGUGGUGCUAGCGGCACUGCUGCUGCUCAUCUACGUGGCGGCAUGGAACAAGCUGUCGUGCACCUGCAACGACCCCAGCUCAGUGACUCCCGAUAGCGGCAAUGCACAGCGCGACGCCCUGCGUCUCUUGGAGAAUUCCAACUUCCAGCUCGCCUCUGCACCGGCGUCGUCGCAGCAGCAUCAACGACUCGAUGCGCGCGCCACGUCGCCAACACACGCAGCCAGAGCUGAUGAGCCUUCUCCAGAGGCUCAAGCAGCCACAGUUUCACACGCCAGCCAUGGGCAGCAACAACAGCAGCAACAGCACCAGCACCAACAACCGCAACAACAACAGCACCAACAACAGCAACAGCAACAACAACAGCAACAACAGCAACAGCAACAGCAACAGCAACAGCAACAGCAACAGCAACAGCAACAGCAACAGCAACAGCAGCAGCAACACCAAGAUCAAACGCAGAUCGGCGACAGCGGACUUGAGAUCCAACACAACGGGUGCUUGCACAUUUCACCAAACCAGCUCAUGGCAUCGACAACGAAAAUGCUCGACCUAACGCCCGACCGGUGCGCAGAGCACUGCUACAGCCAAGGGCUCGGUGUGUCGGUGCUGACGGGCGAGAUCCAGUGCGGGUGCAUGCGGGAGCUGCCACGUGACCUGGAGCAGGACGCGGACAAGUGCCCGCUUCCCUGCGCCGGGCUGAAGGGCGCCAGCAAGCCAACGUGUGGUGGGCGCGCGUGGUGGUGCGACAUCUACACAACGUCGACGCCGCUCAAGGAGGCCAUCACCGUGUACAUUGCGCCGGCCAAGCGCACAUCAAGCCUGUACUUCACGGGCCGCUUCGAGCGCUACUACGGCGACAAGUAUGUGUACGUGAACAAGGCGCUGAAUCACCAGGUCACGCGGACCUUGGCCGACUUCUACGAGGAGGUGUGCGUGCGACAGCCGGGGAAGAAGGUGUUUGUGCAGAUUGCGGGCGCGGUCGACUUUGUGCUCACGCACUUCCCGGAGGAGUCUGUGCUCGUGCUGACCGCUGACGAGGUGGGCAGCUGGGGGCUGGUGCACAACGGCCGUGCCAUUGGCCCGCAUGGCGAUGGCAGCCCGCUGGAGACGGUCGACGGGCACGCAGACAUCCCUGCGCACGUGUUCCCGUUCUUCCGGCAGUACUACGACCCGCGGCAGUGGGCGGCGUGGGGCGAUGGCAACGUGCGCUUCAUGCCGCUGGGGUCCAGGAAUGAGUUCCCCGACAUCGACCCGUUUGCAACAAAACCAGCGUCAGAGCGCACCUUCGUGUAUGCGUACAUGGUGGCAUUGACAGAUGCCACGCGACAGCGCGUCCACACCAUCCUCAAGAACGACACCACCAUCCCACAGGACAAGCGGUUCAUCCACGUUGCACAACAUUGGCACGGCUCUGCGAACAACGAGGAGUAUGUGAGCCCGGCCCGUUAUGGGGAACUCAUGCAGGAUUCCAUCUUCAUCCUCUGCCCAAAGGGCCAUCACGUUGAGCAGUUCCGCAUCUACGAAGCGCUGGAGGCGGGCGCCAUCCCCGUACUUGCGCGCGACAACGGAUAUCUGGACACGCACAUGCCGGCAGAGUACCUCUCGUCGCCAAUGCUCAUCCUGGACGACUGGGGCGACGCCGUUACCGCGAUGGCUGCGCUGGCAGGGCGCAGGGAGGAGGUGGACAGGCGGCAGCGGGAGGUACGGCAAUGGUACGCGGCCAUGAUGGCGGGAAAGGCGAGGGAGAUUGAGGAGGUGUUGGAAAGCAAGGAGGGCCAGACAACGGGAUUCUGCAGUGACUACAGAAAGAAGGAGCUCUUGGGAGACGGUGUGUAA